GUUUGUCAAGCAGGCUGUUAUUUUAGUGUACUGGCCUAACUAAAGAUUCGAAAUUGAACAUUCAGUCUAUUACAAUCACUAGUAGGAGCAACACACAACAAAAUAUUAUUUAAAAUUUCUGUUUUUUAGAAUUUUGUUAAAUUUUCUGUAACGCAAACAUGUCAGACGACGACAUAGCCUCAAGCUUUCCAGCAUCGGAGGAGUCGCAGAUGGGUAGCGCCGACUUCGAGAUGAUGUUGUACCAAGCCCUGGACAUUGUAGGCGAACCAGCCUCGAAGGAGGUGAUACUGCGUAUGCUCAGCACUACAACGGAUAAGUCCAUAGCAGCCAUUGUGAAUGACGUGGACCACGUGAUUGAUUCGCUGCUCGCACAGGGGCGCCUAGUCAAGCAUAAGGGGAAGUACACUUUAAUAGAUCAGGAAGAAGAGUAGCCUGAAGCGUGUCUCUGGGAGAUGUGGACGUGAGCUUGAAGUCCAUGUGUUCCAGCUGUUAGUGUUGUGUGUGCGAGAGUCCAAACAAGUUCAUCCGUGUAAAUUCUUCUUCAUUCUACUGUAGUAAGUCGUGUUGUGUCCGGUGCAUGUUAAGAGUAGUGCUUCGAAAACCAAAAAGUAAAUAAAUAUAUUUAUAAUGAAGCAUCAA